GCGCUCCCUCGGCGCGGCGGCAUCCUGAGGCGAGGCGAACCCCGACUCCCCCGGCCGCCAUUUCGGGGCGCGCUGCCAGGAGAGGCUAUAUAUCAAAGAAAACAUGGCAGAUCCUUGGCAAGAAUGUAUGGAUUAUGCAGUUACUUUAGCAAGAAAAGCUGGGGAGAUAAUCCGUGGAGCACUCAAAGAAGAAAAAUCCAUUAUGACUAAAAGUUCACCUGCAGAUCUAGUGACUGAAACUGAUCAAAAAGUAGAAAACUUCAUUAUUUCUUUGAUAAAAGAAAAGUAUCCUUCUCACAGCUUCAUCGGAGAAGAAUCUGUUGCUGCUGGGGAGGGCAGCGUUUUAACAGAUAACCCCACGUGGAUUAUAGACCCUAUUGAUGGAACUACCAACUUCGUACACAGGUUUCCAUUUGUGGCAGUUUCAAUUGGCUUUGUUGUAAACAAAAAGAUAGAGUUUGGAAUUGUGUACAGUUGUGUGGAAGACAAGAUGUAUACUGCCAGAAAAGGAAAAGGUGCAUUUUGCAAUGGUCAGAAACUGCAAGUAUCAGGCCAAGAAGACAUUACAAAAUCACUUUUAGUAACAGAAUUGGGAUCUAAUCGUGAUCCAGAGACUAUAAAAAUAAUUCUUUCUAACAUGGAAAGACUUCUCAGUAUUCCUAUUCAUGGGAUUAGAGCUGUUGGUACAGCAGCUGUGAACAUGUGCCUUGUGGCAACGGGUGGAGCUGAUGCCUAUUAUGAAAUGGGGAUUCACUGCUGGGAUAUGGCAGGGGCUGGAAUCAUUAUUACUGAAGCAGGUGGUGUACUCCUAGAUGCAUCAGGUGGACCGUUUGAUUUGAUGUCUCGAAGAAUAAUUGCAGCAAGUAGUCGAACUAUUGCAGAGAGAAUAGCCAAAGCACUUCAAAUAAUUCCUCUGAGAAGGGAUGAUGCAACUAAUUGAAUACCAAAACUAUGCCUUAAAUGUAGUUACACAAUGGUUGUCUCUGUUAGGUGGUGGUUGUUCUACACCUUAAACCUGAUAAAGAGGUAGAUAAAUAGAUGGUAGUCUUUCAGUACUGGUAAUACAUGAUGUGACUGUGAAGUAGUGUUUUGAGAUUGGACCAACAUCUAAGUAAGCUUUUACUGCUAGAUAGUCUAUUUCACAUCGCAAUCACACGUAGAUCUAUGAAAAGAAACAUAUAGGUGAAGCUACAAUUUUCAAGUUUUAUACUACACUGGAAGACAUAGCAAGAGAUUUUGAUGUAUAGAUCCAUAAGUGACAAAACAAAAUUCACUGUUUAAACACCAUGUAGUGACAUCUGACCCCAAACUAAAAAAGAUCAAGGCAGUACUGUUUUCCAGUCUCUACCCCUCCUUCUGCUCAUUGCUUUCGUCAGUGUUAUCAGUGUUGUUAGGUAUUUUCUAGCAGUAGUUCACACAUUUCCAGACUUUUUUUAGUUGCAUGUAGUUUUGACUGUAAUUUAAAGCCUUUGUUGCCUGUCUUUGUUUUAGUAGUCAUUGUUCUACCUUUCUUAUGGUAGAUAAAUGCAAUAUAUUCUUCUGCCCUGUAUGUGGCCAGUAUACUUGCAAAUUCAUUACAGUUGGAAAAACAAUAUUGUGCCAAAAAACACAUGAUUCUCCCAGGAAUAAGUUCAGAGCACAUCUCCUCUCAACAAAUUAUGAUGAAGUAUGAUUUGCAUUUGUCCUUUGAAAUCAACUCAUACUAGGUCCUUGGUCUUGUCUUAUUCUUGGCAGUUAUAACAGCCAUUAAUCUUGUUUGGGUUUCUCCAUGGGUGAACGUGUUUCAAAAUUUAAGGAAUCCUUAAAGUUCAAGAGAAUUUGCAGCAACUCAUCUGGCAAAAAGUAAACCAAUAAUCCAGGUUUUUUUACAUCUUUUUGUAAGUUAUAAAAACAGUGACCAAGCAGGAUCAGGUUUCCAUUGUGUACAGGCACAAAAGAAGUGUAUAUAAACCUAAAGUAUUUAUAAAUCUAGAGGUGUUAGUAAUUUAAUAAUUUGGGUUCAUUUUUCAAAACUUCUAAAACUGAUUAUUUGCAUUUUUGUAUUUAAAAAUAUCAUUCUACUGGUUAUUUAAUGCACUUUAAAAAUUACUUAACUUAGCUCAAUUUUUAGACUGAUUUUUGUGUCUGAGGUUUCCAAAAGAAAAUUAUCUUAUAGUGAUGGUCCAGUGAAAUCACAACAAUGUUUUAGAAAACCUUGUACUGCUGUCCCAGUAUUUUUAUUUUGGAAAAUGUUGUUCUGUCUCUUGUAAGUUCCAACAGCUUUCUUACUGUAAAUUUGAGUCUUCUGUAUGUGUCUUUUUUUUUUUUGCGGAUUUUGCAGAAAUAUUUAACUUGAAAUUGUAUCAAAUGCCAAAUGAUUAAUAUCAAUGAGAUCAGCAAUUGCCUGAUACUUGAAGGUUUUGUCAAAAAAAAAAAAAAA